AUUGUCCACUGACAUUCAAACAAACAUGCUAUACAGCAAUUACCAAAAAUAACAUUGGAAUAACGUAUUUAGGAUUUUUGUAAGUCUUUUUGGUCUGACACUCCUCCAGAAACCAUGACACCAGCCAUCUCCAGAACUGCUGCAGGAGAGAUCAAUCACUGGUGGAGCCAGCUGAAGUUCCGCCUUCAGCAUAGAAAAGGAUGGAAUGAAAUGUUGGAUGAGACCUUCCUCUUGCAGAACAAAAAAGUAAAUGACAUCCCCCUGUUUUCCGCCACUAAGGAGAAUAAUGCAGCCUGCAUAAAGAAACUGCUUGACUGUUCAUCUACAAAUAUCUUUGAGAGAGGUGAGCUUGGAGAGACGGCUCUGCAUGUUGCUGUGAUGAAUGAUAAUUUUCAAGCGGCUGUGGCAUUAAUGGAUGGAGCACCUGAGCUCAUCAACGAGCCUAUGACCUCUGAACUCUACCAAGGUUUAACAGCCCUUCACAUUGCUGCAGUUAACCAGAAUGUUAACAUUGUCCAGGAGUUGAUUACAAGAGGGGGUGAUGUGGCAACACCCAGGGUCACGGGCAUGUACUUCCGCAAAAGAAGAGGAGGACUUCUGUACUUUGGUGAACACAUCCUGGCAUUUGCAAGCUGUGUGGGUAAUGAAGAAAUUAUGUCCAUGUUGAUAAAAGCUGGGGCUAAUAUUCGGGCCCAGGAUUCCCUUGGUAAUACCAUCCUGCAUCUGUUGGUUUUGCAGCCCAAUAAAACCACUGCAUGUCAGAUUUUUGACAUUCUGAUGUCACACGAUGCAGAUCUGGACCCCCCAAUCCCACUAGACAUGAUUCCCAACUACAGAGGCCUCACACCAUUCAAACUCGCUGCCAAGGAGGGCAACCUUGUGGCUUUCCAGCACUUGGUUAACCGCAGACGCAUUAUUCAGUGGAGUUUGGGACCAUUGACCUCCAACCUUUAUGACCUUACUGAGAUUGACUCCAGGGUGGAUGACCUCUCAGUGCUUGAGGUUAUUGUCAGCAGUCCGAAAAGAGAGGCCAGAAGGAUUCUUGAGUUGACUCCAGUGCGGCAGCUCGUAAGGCUGAAGUGGAAUCUGUAUGGGAAACAUUACUUCAGGUUAUUAAUGCUGGUGUACCUGCUGUAUAUUAGCAUAUUCACUUUGUGUUGUAUAUACCGCCCCCUGAAGGACAUUCCUGAGAAUUACACCAAAGCAGACAACGACAACACCAUAAAAAUACAAAAAAGCUUCACGGAGAGCUAUCAGUCCUAUAAAGAUCACCUGCGUUUAAUUGGAGAAAUUAUCAGUCUCAUAGGAGCCAUCGUUAUUCUGCUGAUAGAGAUUCCCAGUAUUUUGAAAGUGGGGGCUAAACGCUACUUUGGCCAGUCUGCACUUGGAGGCCCCUUCCAUGUCACUUUGGGAAGCUACGCGUGUCUGGUUGUGAUUUUGUGUGUGAUGCGCACCACUGGAAUGACAGGAGAGCUUGUGCCGAUGGCUUGGGCUCUGGUUCUCGGCUGGUCCAAUGUUAUGUACUUCGCCCGAGGUUUUGAGAUGCUGGGACCCUAUGUGAUUGUGAUUCAGAAGACAAUAUUUGGAGAUUUGACAAAGUUCAUGUGGUUGUCUCUCAUCUUCCUCAUUGGAUCCUCAACCGGCUUGUGGGUUUUCUACAUGACUCAAGACUCUUUAGCUUUACCGCCAUACCGCUCGUUCCCCAUCACCGUCUUCUCUCAGUUUGAGCUGAGCAUCGGCCUGAUAGACUUGCCAGUGGACCACACUCUCUACACACAUCCAGUUGUGCACUCUGUUCACAUCUGCUUCAGCGUGGUCUCUUACAUCCUCCUGUUUAACCUCCUGAUCGCCAUGAUGAGCGACACACAGUGGAGGGUCACCCAGGAACGUGACGAACUCUGGAGGACACAGGUGGUGGCCACUACUCUGAUGCUGGAACGGAGGCUAUCACUGCGCUUGUGGCCAAGACUGGGUGUCUGUGGCCUGGCCUUUGGCCUUGGAGAAUGCUGGUACCUCCGAGUGGAGGAUCGCAAUGAUCUAUUGGUGCAAAAGAUGAGACGCUAUGUUAACGCAUUCUCUAAGGAUGGAGAAUCAGCCAAGGAGAAGGAGGAAACAGGCAAGAGUGACACUGGAUAUGAUCCAGUACAAAGCCAUUUUACUGAGAGCAACAUGGCUAAAACCAAAAGGAGGCCAAGGCAAUGCUGGCAGCUCAUUCGCCAGAGUAUAGAAUGUGAAAAGGAAGAAAAUGUGGAUUCCCCUGAUUUCAAGUAAAUCUAAAAAUGGCACAAGAUCAAGUAGUAAUGUUUAGGUGAAAUGACAUUCCUAAUAUUUAAAUGGUUCCCGUUACAUUAUUCUGUAUUAUUCUACUGUUUAAUAAUAUGCAAACAUAUAGGUGUGCACCAUCAAUAUUGUUACAUAUAAAGGUGGAAGUUUAAUUAAGAAAUACAAAAAGAGACAUUUCAAAAAGAAUGCAUGCGCAAUUCAAUACAUUAUCAUGUAAAUAUUAGCCAUAUUUAGUGCAAAUAAACAAGCUUUGUGUAAAUGA